UGAUCCUAGUAGCCCACCCGACCAUGGCCCCGGUAAAGGCCCGGGAUAAUUUGGAACUCCGCGGGAGGGGCACUUCACUUCCCGUAAUUACGAGUGGAUACCGACCGUCAUCAGACGAGGGGAGCAGAUCCGAAUUGAAUUUCAACGAUUAAUGCCAUAACGGAGGAGGUAGGUAACCAUGGCAGCGAGGGGUCAUUCCUCAUGUUCCUCGAUGAGUAAUCACACCAAGGAGAGAGUGAACAUGGCUAUGGUGACCCUGGAGAACUUCUACUGUAACCUGAUAGACCAGCAUGAGGAGAGAGAGAUGAGGCAACAGAAGCUGGAGAUGGUGAUGGAGGAGGAGGGGCUGCCUGAUGAAGAGAAGCGUAUUCGGCGCUCCCAGCACGCGCGUAAGGAGACAGAGUUUCUGAGGCUGAAGAGAACCAGGCUGGGAUUGGAUGACUUUGAGUCCCUCAAGGUGAUUGGUCGAGGAGCUUUUGGAGAGGUGCGUCUGGUCCAGAAGAAGGACACAGGUCACAUCUACGCCAUGAAGAUCCUGCGCAAGGCCGACAUGCUGGAGAAGGAACAGGUGGGCCAUAUCCGGGCUGAGAGGGACAUCCUGGUGCAAGCAGACAGUCUGUGGGUGGUCAAGAUGUUCUACAGCUUCCAAGACAAGAUUAACCUCUACCUACUCAUGGAGUUCCUACCUGGAGGUGACAUGAUGACAUUGCUGAUGAAGAAGGAUACCCUGUCAGAGGAGGAGACUCAGUUCUAUGUGGCUGAGACGGUCCUGGCCAUAGACUCUAUACACCAGAUGGGCUUCAUACACAGAGACAUCAAACCUGACAAUGUACUGCUGGACUCUAAGGGCCAUGUGAAGCUGUCAGACUUUGGCCUGUGUACAGGGUUGAAGAAAGCCCAUCGGACAGAGUUCUACAGGAACCUCAACCACAGCAUCUCCAAUGACUUCACGUCUCAGUACAUGAACUCCAAGAGGAAAGCAGAGACCUGGAAGAGGAAUAGACGACAGCUGGCAUUCUCCACUGUGGGAACUCCAGACUACAUUGCCCCAGAAGUGUUCAUGCAGACCGGAUACAACAAGCUCUGUGAUUGGUGGAGCCUGGGGGUCAUCAUGUAUGAGAUGUUGAUUGGCUACCCCCCGUUCUGUUCAGAGACGCCCCAGGAAACCUAUAAGAAAGUGAUGAACUGGAAGGAGACUCUGGUGUUCCCUCCAGAAGUACCUAUCUCAGAGAGGGCCAAGGACCUCAUCCUCAGGUUCUGCUGUGAGGGAGACCAUCGGAUUGGGGCGACAGGAGUGGAGGAGAUCAAGAGAAACCUGUUUUUUGAGGGAGUCGAUUAUGACCACAUCAGGGAGAGACCUGCAGCGAUCCCCAUUGAGAUUAAAAGCAUCGACGACACGUCAAACUUCGAUGAGUUCCCUGAGUCAGACAUCCUUUCACCCACAGCUGCAGCUGCAGCAGCACCCACCAAGUCCCCAGCAGCAGCAGCUGCAGCGGAGGCUGACUAUAAGAAUAAGGACUGGGUCUUUAUCAAUUACACCUACAAGCGCUUUGAGGGCCUGACAGCCAGGGGAGCCAUCCCUUCCUACAUGAAGGGAAGUAAGAGAUGAACUGUGACCCUAUAACUUGCGCUGCAAUGGCCCCCUGAACCGCUCAUCUUCCCGCAACACCCAGAUGUCUUCAUUUCACUGUUCUAUUUCAUAUUACCACAAAUAUGAAAAAAGCAAAAUAUCAGUUUAUUUCGACAGUUCAGUUAGGCUGUGUUUAUGGGGCAAGUAUAUUCCCUGCAGGCCUCCUGAACCAGGAUUCAUUAUACCCGGUGAAUAAAUGGUUGUGACCACUGUUUGGCCUUUCUGCGAAUGUAAAACUUGAUCUUAGAAACCGGGAUAGCAGCUUUGAUUGAGUAGGACCCAAUGUCUCAAAGCUGAAGCCUGGCUCUAACUUUCCCAGCAGCACUGAACAGCCUUAGAGCUGCCCCCUUUGUGCCCCUCCAGAACCUUCUCCCCAUUCCUCUCCUCAACCAGUCAUACUGUUCAUAGGAAAACGUCUCUACUGUUCUCUGGGAGCUGGCAGGUUCCCAGCAGUCUGUAUCACUUCCCCUGUGAUGUCAUCAGAUCACUGCUUGCCUUCAAGGGAGGAGUUAGAAGAUUGCUAUUUUUAGGGUUCUAUUUUGGGGAUUUUUGUGAUGUUAGUGAGUGAGAAUUUUCAACAAAGGACAGAAAAUUCCGUUGUGGUCUUGCUACUCCUCUAGAAAUAUAAGCAAGAACCACUUCUCCUUUACUGCCUUUGUUGUGCCCAGUUAUCUUUCUUCUCUAAUUGUGUAUAAUACAGACAUUUUCAAUAAGGUUGAUUCUAAAUGCUGUUGGUUGAAAUAGUGUUAGUUUUCAGGGAUAUAACUAAUGCUGGUUGUGUGUGUAUUUUGAGCUGUCUGAAUGACACUGCCUUGAAACAAGUUAACAUGUCUAUUUCUGUGCCUUAACCAAAGAACUACAGGAGCUGUACAUUAGUUUAACAUUUGAAUCCCCCCCUUUUUUAAUGUCAAGUUGUUUCUAUGCAUGAUGGAAAGAUCUGGACUUUCGCUCUCACAACUUACUUACUUGAUUUUGUUUUACAGCUUGUCUUUCUAAAGCUGGUAUUUAAAGAAAGGAUUCUUAUUUUAGUCUUCAGUUUUUUUCCAUAUAGUAUUUUUAACUCACAAAGGUACCACUGUUUUAUGAAUAACGCUGGUUAUUCAUUAAUUUCGUGUACAUUUUAAAACUUCCCUAAAUAUGGAAUUUCAACUUUCACUUAUCUGUGUUUAUAGCACUUUCAGGUGUGUGUGUGUACAUUUGGUCUCACUUUACUGGAGUAACUACAGGAGAAUUUACUAGAGUAACUACAGGAGACUUUACUGGAUUAACUACAGGAGAAUUUACUAGAGUAACUACAGGAGACUUUACUAGAGUAACUACAGGAGAAUUUACUAGAGUAACUACAGGAGACUUUACUAGAGUAACUACAGGAGAAUUUACUGGAGUAACUACAGGAGACUUUACUAGAGUAACUACAGGAGAAUUUACUGGAGUAACUACAGGAGACUUUACUAGAGUAACUAGUAAAUCAUCUAAUUACUAUACAAUCUGGUAGUAGUACAUGUAGCUAUGGAACACUAACCAUUUGAUCUAAGGCUUAUAAUCAAGAGAAUACAAUGCUAAGUGCUAUGUAACUUCUUAUACUUAAAGGUAAUUCCCAUAUAGUUACCCUGUAAUAAUACUUUUUUUGUAAAGUGUUGCUAGAAUUAUUUUUCUUUCCAGAUGGAUGACUGAAUGACGUUGAAGUGUAGUUUCACUCAUUCUAGUUUUCACUCGAGUGCUUUAAGGUGUUUUUAUCGCUGGAGAAGUAAGCCCUGAGCAGCUGCUUAGAAUGAUAGACGCAUAGGCUGCGUUUACACAGGCAGCUCAAUUCUGCUAUUUUUUUCACUAAUUGGUCUUUUGACCAAUUAGAUCAGCUCUGAAAUUGAUUUGAUGUGAAAAGAAUCUGAUGUGAUUGGUCAAAAGACCAAUAAGUGGAAUAAAGAUACCGAUUGGGCUGCCCAUGUAAAUGUAGCCUUACUACUGUAGUGCUGUUUGAAAAGGUACACAUGACAAACAGGCGGUACAAUACUUUCCAUUAUGUCUGAUGUGUUUAACAGAUGUAUCUUAUAUUUGUUGUCAAUGCUCACACCAAGCUGUUCCUUUUGAACAAGAACAAAUAUCCAUAUGCAAAUGACUACAUGUAUAAACCACAAUAAUUUCUCUGCUGGAUGACACAGUAUACUAUGCAUAGAUGUGAGCAUGUGUGUCUGAAUACUUCUGUAUGAGGUUUUGAAUGUUUUCAGCUCAACCACAUUUCUCUGCAAAGAAAAGCUUUAAAUGCUAAAAUGAUUUCAUCAUUCAAUAAAAGUUUCUUACAACUCUGUGGCA